AUCUGCAGUCUUCAUCCUCAAGGUGUUGAGGUGGGGAUGGGACAGGACGCAGGGUCAGCUCCCGGGAGGAGCGCUUUAGGAGCCCAGUCUGAGGCACCCCUCCUCCUGAAGGGUACGCAGGGCACUCGGUGUUCGGCUUUCGAUUGCUAGCACCUGGUGCUGCUGGGGGGCGGAAGCUCUGCGCUCCAGGGGUCAUGCCUGGCGGCCUCUGCGCAUGCUCGGCGACCUCGGCGGGCGGGGACGCGGUGGCGCGCCAUGUCUCGGGCUUCCAAGGUGGUGCUGGGCCUCUCCGUGGUGCUUACCGCGGCCACUGUGGCCGGUGUACAUCUAAGGCAGAGGCAGGACCGGCAGAGGCUUCGUGACGGAGUGAUCCGAGACCUUGAGAGGCAAAACCGGAAAAAAGAAAACAUUCGUGUUUUGGGCGAACAGAUUAUUUUGACUGAGCAACUUGAAGCAGAAAGAGAGAAGAUAUUGUUGGAGAAGGGAUCUCAAAAAACAUGAUUUUUGGUCAGUGUGAACUGUUUCUGGGACAGACAGCUCCGAG